UUUUAUGAAAAGGGUAAGAAAUGGAGGGCAACACAAGUCAUGCUGGCCAUGAAAACAUAAAUUUUGGUGAGAACAGUGUUGUCAUUCCAGCAUUUUCAACUCCAAGUAAACCAGAAUCAGAUGUAUACUAUGGCAUAUAUGUGCCAGAUAUGUCAGACUUCUCAAAUGGUCAAGAAUAUGAAAAAGUGUAUGUAGACAAAGGAAAAUGUCUGGCUGCGAUGAAAAAAUUUCGAGGUUCAAGGUUCAAAAGUUUCAGCACAUAUGACGAAGCAUUGUAUUUUGCUGAAAAUGGACCAAUAACUGCUCCCUCGCAGAACAGUGCUGUUGGUGAAGAAAAAAGCAUCAAUCUCAACGCAGAAAAAUCUAGCCCAUAUUCUGGACCCAAGUCACAAGACCUGGUCAAAUUCCGUAAGGCAAUAGAGAAGGAUGAUAUGACUUAUUUUGAAAAGUGCAUUGAAGAAAAUCCAAGAUAUUUAGUGAGUAGUGGAGACACACCAUCUAUUUUACAAGAAGGAUCUCGUUACAAUGCACUCCAUAUAGGUUGCAGAAAUGACAGACCAAAGUUUGUUGCCAAGGUGCUCACUACAGUUGCUGAUGCUCAGUUUUUCCAGAGGCUUUAUCCUGAUGAUACCCUUGAAAGUUCUGGAAGGCGUAGCAUGUAUUUGCUAGAUGCCUAUCUUAACACCCCAGAUAAAGGUUUGAAUGAGUCACCCCUACAUUUUGCAAGCAAGCAUGGAUCACUGGAAUGUGUGCGCAUUCUUACUUCAUAUCCGGACUGCAGUAAAACUAGAAAAAAUAAAUUUUCACAAACACCAGUGGAGAUUGUUGGCACCAGGGCAAAGAAUCCAUCUAGGACUGUGAAUGAAGAGAUUUGUAGUUUGCUUGGAGAGCAUUACUAUGUUCCCUUAUUACGCGAUGAUGACCUGUGUGUACUUCCUCAAGUGGGGGAGCCUUGGUCACCAAGGCAAGACUCCCCUGGUUUUCUCACAGAAGAGCAGCAGCUAAUAACUUGCCUUAGCCCUAGCAGUUCUGGCAGUCCACUUAGCCCUGUCACUCCUACUUUGAAGGUACGAGGUUAUGCUGGUCCCAUGAGCCCAUCUCAGGCUGAAUCAUUUUACCGCCGUUGGCGAGAGGCAGGUGUUUUAUCACCAAGUAGAUCUGCUAAGGCUAGAACAGCAUCGUUGAGACUUACUGAUCGUGAAAAAGGACUUGAGAGAAUAGGGAGAGAUCUUGCACAUACCAGUGGUUAUAACUGGAGUGAGUAUUGGGAUUUCUUGGGUGGGUUUACUAAUUUAACAAAGGGAGAUGGCUUGGCUAAGCUAGAGAGACAUCUCAGACAGAAGUUCAAGCAGUUAAUGGCUGAACAGCAUGAAUUAGAUGCAUCAGAUCUACGGGAAAAGCUUUGUAAUAUCAGUGAAGCAGAAGUUGAAGGUAAUAACACAAAAAACCUUGAAGACUCCAAUUUAAGUAGAGUAAGCCAAAGUACCAUGGGUGAAUUGUGCCAAGAAUUGGAGGCUUUGCGGCUUAAUGCCUCUCUGUCACCACAGCUGGAUUCUUCAGGUCAACCAGUUAUAAGUGCCAGCAGCAAGUUUUUGGAGUCAUGGAGACAGCAAGAAAAACUACAGGGCAGUGGUGAGGAUGCUGUCGACAGAUCAUGCUACCAAGAUUCAGAUGAUCGAUGUGCUUCUUAUGUCACAAAAUCCAUUCAUGUGUCAGCCUCAAGACUAGCUGAUAUCUUAUUGGAUUUGGCCAAAGAACUUCAGUGCAGCACCAUUACAAAUCUUUCUGUAGGAAGAACAGUUAGGACAAAGCUGAAACCAGAAAUUCUUUGUCUAAGAAACGUGGUUACGAAAUUCUUUACAAAUGAUCUCAAACUGGAUUUAGAUUGUGGGUUUAUCCAUAUUCUUUUAGCAUUCAAAGCUACAGAAUUUGUAAAGCAAAAUUCAAUGCCUUCUGACUUAUGCAUCCUUGCAGAAACACUGAAAGUAGUAGUAUCCAACUUAAAUUUUAUGAAUGUUGAUUCCUCAGAUGAGGAAUUUACAGACAUUGAGCCCAAAAGAAAUCAAGAGAAAAGAAAUGACGCUAAUCACAUUAGUUGUGUUAUACGUGCUCUUGAAAAGGCUCUUACUGUUGCUUAUAAUAAUUGCAGCUCUGACAUGUCAUCUGAUGAUAAUAGUAAUAAUUUGAGAAUGCACUUACUACAGUUGGGUGACUGCACAUGCUGUUGGGAUUUUAAAGAUGAGAUGGCUCCUGUAAAUGAGACCCCUGUUAAUAACCGGAAAUAUGACAAAGCUUUUAAUUUUCUUCAUGAGACAUUAUUCAGUGAUAGUAAAAAGUGGGAAACUAAUAAGAAUGAAAUAAGUAAUAGAAACUAUUCAGAAACUAUAGUUAAGCAGUUAACCUUCGAAGAACAUGGAGAAAAAGUUAUUAAAGCCACUUUGACUGUUGGGAGUGGUGUAUAUAAUAAGGUAGAAGGAGUUCAGGAAAAACUGGAUGAAGAAGAAAAUGAUGAUAGCGCUAGCUUUGUUUCAGCAACUUCAUCUUUUGAGGAUAACAUGCUCACACCAGAGGAAGGUGUAAAAGUGUAUAUCAGUGGUCCUGAGGCUAGCAAGAUUGAUGCUGAUGUGUUAGCUGCUAUAGAAUCAAUAGAUGUAGAUGAGAACGUUUACCCACAUGUUUGCCAGUGGAUCCAUCUGAUGAAUUCAUUUUCUGAGGAACAGAGAAAUAGCUGGGCGACACCUUCUCAAGCCUCAAUUAGCUUUCGUCCAUCAUCUGUGCCAAGGAUAUCAAGUGCUGAUUUUAUUACUCCUCCAAGAAAUCAAAGAUCUAAUAUACCAUUGUCUACCUCCAGAAUACUCUUCUGCGAACAAAGAGACUGAUUAUCAUCAUCAGCUCUAAGUUAAACAAAUGCUAAACUUACAUCUUUCUUUACUUGUUAUCCCAAAGGUUAACUCUGAGCAAUCAACUUAGUCAAUUGUGUAAAAUGUAUAUAAUAGCAUAAUAUAUUUUAUGAGAAUAUAUUGAUAGUCAAAUAGUGUCUACAUGCUUAUUAUUUAAUAAACUCAUAAUACUUAUUUGAAAGAUAAAUGAUAUUUUUUUAUGAAGUAUAUAUUGUAGCAUAGCCUGAUAUAUAGGGUUCUUAUGCAAAGCAAAUGAUACAUUACAUUUGCUUUCUUGUAUUUGCAGCUUGGCAUCAUUGUGUAUGCAGAUUUUCAUCCUGACUAAUAUACUGUACUGUUAUUGGAUUGAUUCCUGUACAGCAUCAUACUAAAUAUUUUACAUUUACUUCUUAACAAGUACAUAACAUAUUUUUACAAAACUCUUGUAACAUAAAAAAAGCAGUAUAGAUUUACAUUUUGGUAUUAACUGCAGGUGCUGUAUAGUAUUCCACAAUCUUUGUAAAAGAACAUAAAUUAUUUGCCUAUUGGAGCAUCAAAAGUAGUUUUAGCUGUUGUAGCUUGAUUUCCAAGUUUAGAGGAUCUAUUCAGGGUUGUGUGCUCUGUUCUCAAGAAGGGGGUUACACAGUUUGGUCUUUAAAUGAAGUUAAUUAGUACUAAAUAGUAACUUAACAGAUUGUAAUAAUAUACAACAGUAAGCCAUUAACAUGUUAUGAAUUUGUUUUAUGUGAUGAUUCUUGAAAGAUUUAGGUCUGUUUUAAUUUUCUAGGUGUGUCAUUGAAGCCUUUUUUAAUAAUGUAGCUAACUUUCAAAGAAUCAACCCAUGCCAAAAGUUUAUUUCCAGAUAUUUUUUUUUUACUGCUUUGCAUUUACUGGGGCCAGCUAAUAAAUCCUGAUUUUAGAUAA